AUGUCGCAUAGAUCAAGUUUUCAACUUAACGAUUUAUUUCCCAGAGAAAUAGAUAUCGAAGUGUGUUUAAAAACUCUUCGAAUAUAUCAAAAAUUGGAAGGUGAUGUGAACUGUGUAGUUUGGGAUGCGUCCUUAGUUCUAGCUAAAUAUCUUGAAACAAUGUGUUUUCAUAAACCAGAUUUUCUUAGCGGUGUUAGGGUUCUUGAAUUAGGCUCUGGGCUUGGUGUUGUGGGGCUGACAGCAGCUACUUUGGGGGCCCAAGUCACACUAACAGACUUACCUGAAGCUCUUCCUUUGCUAAGAUUAAAUAUUGCUGAAAAUAAAUCAAAGAUUGCUAGCAUGGGUGGAUAUUCAAUUGCCGAGUCACUUGUGUGGGGCGAUAAAAAUUCAGAUAUCCACAAACAGGAUUUCGAUAUGAUUUUGCUAGCAGACUGUAUUUAUUAUGAAGAUGCUGUUGAUACCUUAAUUGAAACUCUGAAAAGUUUGAAUGACACUAUUAAUAAAAAACCAACCAUUUAUUUAACCCAAGAAUUAAGGGAUUCAGAAAUUCAGAAAAAACUAUGGAAAUCCUUUUAUGAAAAGUUAACAGAAUAUUUCUAUAUUGAAAAAGUACCUGAAGAGCAGCAACAUAUUAAUUAUAGAAGUUCUGAUAUAGUUUUAUUAAAAAUAACCAAAAAAUGA